AAUAAAAACAUUAUUAUCAAUGCACUUAACCAUAUUUUAAUCAAUAAAAAAUAAAUUGGAAUAUAAAGUGAAUAAAUUUUGCAUUAAAAUUAUAAAAUAAUACUUAUUUUGAAACAAAAAUUUUACUCUAGAAUAACAUUUAAAUUGAAACGGUGGAAGAAUCUUACAUGGUUGUUAUUUAGUUAAUUUAAGGACAUGAGAACUUUACAAUUAAAGGAUGAUGGGCAUAUAUAUAUAUAUUUUCUUGUAACUUAUGUUGGGCAUACAAUUAAUAUCCUCUGUCUUCACUAUGAUUUUAGGAAUUUAAAAUCUACAGUAUUUGUUACAUAUGUCAACUCGAUCUAGAUUAAUUAUUUUUUACAACAGCAAAUUAUGGAACCAAGAUUCUUUGGAAAAUAGUCGAGCGUUUUCAAAAGUACUAGUUUUAUGAAUUUUCCUUAGUUGAUCCUUAUGCUCUUUAUUUCGCUUAAUAAUUGAGAUUGAUGUUACAUAUUAAGAGUUUUCCAUUAUCACACUUAAUAUUAUCAAUCAAAUUAGUCAUGUUCACACAUAAUUUAUUUAAAUAUAUAUGUAUAUAUUUCUUAAUUAUUUUUAACAAAAGAAUAUAUAUUUAAGUAUAUAAAAUCUGAUUUAAUAUAUUUUGGAUAUGGAUCUGAAAAUAAUCAAUAUCUUUAAGUAUGUAAAAUCUGAUUCUGAUCUAUUUGGGAGGUGUUAUUGGUUUAUACAUUUUGACUGAUUUAGAAAUUCAUAGAGUAUUUAUAAAUCCAAGUAAAAUAUGCAAAUCCGGAGAUUUUCCCUCGGAUUUGAGUCUUUGUAUUUUUAACUAAAAAAUCCAAACAAAUCCAUUCAAAUCUAUUAUAAAAUCAAAUAUAUUAGUAAAUCCGUACGAUUGAAUAACACUUGAUUUGAUAUAGAAUUUAUGAAUCAUUAAACCAAUAACACCUGAUUUUAAUACAGAUUUGAAAAUCACAAAACCAAUAACACUAGAUUUAGUUCGGAUUUUCAAAUCCAUUUUACUUGGAUAUCCGAAAUAUUUUGGUUUGGGUCGAAUUCAGUUCUGAUUUUUUAGAUACUAAAACUUUGAUUUUUUUUGGAUUUUUAAUAGUUUUGAUUUGGGUUCAUUACUAUGUUUUCAGACAAGAUUUGGUUUGGUUCUUCGGUUUUGAGUUUUUUGUCCCGCCUAGUUGUAAUGACCGGAUUUUAAUAUUAUUGAACUUCUUGUUAUGAGUAUAGUGUUAUUAUAUGUCAAAAAUAAAUUUUGUUUGAAUGAGAAAUGAAAAUUUAAUAAAAGUUAUUUGUAAAAUAUUCAUAUUAAAAAUAUGUGAUGAAAAUUUUCUUCUGUAUAAAAGAGAGAGAAUAGAUCAAAGUUUAGUAGUGGAAAAAUAUAUUUGGACCAAACCUAAAUUUCAUGUUUUGAAAUCUAGUAAAUGGGUCAAGAGAUUAAUAAAUAAAUUAGACUUAUUAGGCCUACUUUUAUUUUUAUUUUAUCUUAAAAUUUGUGGCUAAUAAAGUUGAACCAAAAUAAAAUAAAAUAAAAUAUCUUUGCUAGUUAAAUUGGUCAACGUGAAUUAAUGGAGAUAGUGCAUGAAAAUUUGAUUUGAUUUGAUUUGUAACUUACAUCUAAAUGCACAUCCAUAUAAUUAUGAUGAGAAUAUUUCGCAAUCUGCAUUUUUAUUGCCUACAUUGAAGAUGACGUUAGGACGGUGGCUAUAUAAAGCUAGAAUCAUCUCAUUACAAGACCACUCAUCCAAUGCAAACAAAAACAACAUUCUCUUACAUUUUUUUCUUUUGUGUUUGACAUUAUAACAUAGUUUUAUGUUCCACUUUUCUUGAUUCUGCUAUAAGUCUUUUCCAUUACGGAUACGGUACAUAUGUUAUUAUAUAUAUUUUUUUAUUUGUAGCUUUUGUUUUAGGUAUCAAAAUUGCUCAUCUACACGCUUUUUUUAUAUAAUUUCCUUAGUAUAUAUUAUUUUCGUGGUCAACUGUAUACACAUUCAAAACCAAAUCUAGAAUCUGUAUAGGUUUUUUUAAUAUUUGUAUUGUACGUACUGAGAUUUUCUAUGGGUUAAUUUGUUGAAUAACUAUAUUGAAAGAAAAUAUUAGUUUUGUAGUAAGAGAGUAGAGAGAGAUAGGAAGAAAAAGAAGGAGAGAGGGAAGAAAAUGGUUAGUUAGUGAAAUAUAAUUUUUUUGUUGGUUAUUGGUUCAAAUUUCCCAUUUUCUAAGUUGUUUUGAUAUAUUUUUUUGGAUAAAUCUUCAUUUUCCAAUAAUUUUUUUAAUGUAUAAAUAAUUAAUCUAUUAAGUCUUUGUGCGUUACGUAAACGUGUUUAUUUAACCAUAUAUUUAUCAUAUUUCUUUCCACAGACUCAACCGCAACUUUGGCCGGCGAUCAUCAUGACUUCGGAAGAAGUUGAACCAACCCAAAUAAACAAGACGGUUCCUGAGUCACCGUCGUCGUUUCCAUCGCUACCAGACGAAAUCAUAGAGAACAUUCUUGCCCGUGUCUCGAGAUGGAAGUACCCAUCGCUCUCUCUCGUCUCAAAGGGAUUCCACUCUCUCUUAUCAUCUAGGGAGAUCUACAAGACGCGAUCUCAAAUAGGAGCCAAUGAAACAUGCGUCUAUGUCUGGUUAAAGUUGCCCGGUCAUCCUUGUGCGAGCUGGUUUAGCCUUCGGACGAAACCUAAUAAUCAAAAUCAAACCAAGCAGAGAAGGAAGAUGAGGUUUAAGCGCGACCCGAGUGGAUUUUCUGUUGUUCCUAUAGCUUCCUCUCCUACCGAUUCUUUUCCCGAACUAUAUUACACCAAAACGGUUGGUCCGGAAAUCUACAUAAUCGGUGGACCCUACGUUAACAAACCGUCUUCCUCAGUUCGGAUCUUCGACUGUCGGAGUCACACUUGGCGUGAUGGCCCUAAGAUGACCGUGGCUAGAAAGCAUGCCAAUACAGUUGUACUCGAUGAGAAAAUUUAUGUGAUGGGAGGUUGCGAUAUUGACGCGUACUAUGCCAACUGGAUUGAGGUAUUUGACGUUAAAACUCAGUCAUGGGCAGCCUUUCCUGGGCCGGGCGUUGAUGAGUUAUGCAACCACUUUCGCAAAAGACGUUGCUAUAAUGUUAAUGUGUUCGAAGGGAGAAUUUACUUACUGGCAGGUGAUAUGGAAUACACUUACGAGCCGAAAGAUGGUACAUGGAAACUUGUCAAAGAGAUAUCGAGUUUCCUAUCCGAUGAUUCCGUGUACGCUUGGAGUGAGAUUGGGAAGGUAAUAUGUUGUCGCACUCGCUCCGGUUAUUUAAUGUGGUCUGCCUCUGAGAAUGAGGGUAGAGUAUGGAGAGAGAUUAAGGGUUUGAAAAAAUUGCGUAGGCACCCUACAAGAGGUUUAAAUCUUGGGUAUGUGUUUGCACUGUUGGACUGUGGUGGCAAACUUUUAGUUAUGUGGGAUCCUUAUCGCAUUUCUGGUAUCAGAAGCAAGAAAAUUUGGUAUGCCAAGAUUUCUUUAGAAUCAAGAUGCAAUGGACGCGAGGUGUGGGGAAAAGUUGAGUGUGUCGAUGUGCUUACGUUUCCUGUCGAAUCAUAUGAAGGGUUGGAUUGUUUAACUGCUUCUGUUUGAUGUCUCUUACAAUGCUGUAUGAGUUGUUUCUUGGUUCUUUUACUUUUAAAAUGCUGUUUUGUUCUUUUUUUUUAAUAAAGGUUUUGUUCUUUGAGAGUUGAGAAGCCGGGUUUUUUUCUUUAAUGUUAAACAUUUAUGCUUUAAUCAUAUAGUAUGUGCAAUCGCAUUAUUUUACUCUUAUGCCACAAUUUUUUCUUUAUAAGGAUUGUGAAUAUCAUUAAUCAAAAUGAGUGAGUUUGUAGUAGUACAAAGGUUAAAAACGAGAAGCAAUCAAAAAUACCAAAAUUAUCUCAUUUUAAACUUUUUGACAACAUCAAAAAUACUUUUCCAUAUUACAACGAGCUUUAACUAUGUUCAUUGCCUACAUGACAGAAAUUUUCUAGAUAAAAACAAAUUUUUCUUUGAUUAAAUCUGUUCAAAAAGAAGCCACUUCAUUAAAAUUUGCUCUAUAAAAU